AUGCUACGAACAACGUUUGUAAUUCUUCUAAGUGUAAUCAUUCAAAUUAAUUGUCAGACAUGCAAUGAUGGAAAUCAAUCUCCAUAUAGCACAUGUUCACAAAAUCCUGAAUGUGGAUGUUUACAGUUCUCAUUUUCAUCUACAACAUAUGUUUGUGCUAUAACAGCAACUUCAAGAUGCUCACAAUUUACACGAUGCCAAGCACCAAAUGAUGCUUGUCAACAAAACCAAGUUUGUGUUCGUCAUACAAGAUGUGAUUCUCAACCGCUUUGUAUACCAACAUCAUUGUUUAGUGACCAAUCAUGUCCAGGAAUUCAUAUAACAAAUUAUACAAGUUCAUUAGUACCUCCCGAUGCACAAUAUACUCGACCGGGAGGUUCAUCUGGUACAUAUUAUGAAGCUAUUCAAUUAACUGUUCCAACAUCAGGUCAUUAUGAUUUGUCAAGCAUGAGCGGAAUUGAUACACAUGGUUAUUUGUAUAAUGGAACAUUUUAUCCAUCAAAUCCUCAAUUGAAUUUAAUUGCGUAUAACGAUGAUGGAGCAGGUGGAAGUCAAUUUAAAAUACCAAUUUAUCUUGAAGCUGGUGUACCUUAUACGUUAGUUGUAACAACACAUAAUCCAGGUUCGACAGGACCGUUUACAGUUGUUGGAAAAGGUCCGAGUAAUAUUUAUUUUUCACAAAUAAUUUAUACAACAACAACAACACGACCAAUAAUUGUUAGUGCUUCCUAUAAUAGUGACUUAACAUCAUCAAAUCCGCAUUACGAUCGUACUGGAGGCGGAUCUCAAACAUAUUAUUAUCAAGCAUUUGAAGUUCGAGUUGAUGAAACAGGAAAUUAUACAUUUACAAGCGCAAGUUCUUAUGAUACGUAUGGAUAUAUUUAUCAAGGUAAUUUUUAUCCAUUGAUGCCUCAAUACAAUAUUCAUGCAAAAGAUGAUGAUGGAGCUGCUCGUAAUCAAUUUCAAGUAACAGCUGUACUUCGAGCGGAUAUCAAAUAUAUUUUAGUGUUUACAACACAUGGACCAAAUACGUUUGGAUCUUAUUCAGUUUCUGGACGUGGUCAAGGUCAUAUCUUUAUGACUCCAAUUUCACAAACAUUUUCAUAA